UAGAGACUGGCACCAACCUUAUCGUUUAAUUAGAAAUUUUGUAGCGGAACUGAAGGGUUCUUUUAAAAGCCGAAAUAGAAUUUAGUUUAAUUCUGACUUUCGCUGGUUAUACACACAAGUAAUGGUUAAGCUAACCAGUUUAUUUUUGUACUUAAUAAUUGUAUUGGAUGUUUAUGGAUCUACCGUUCACUCCGAGGUCCCAGGAUCUGUUGCUGUUUGCCUAUCCUCUGUGGCCACUCUGUAUGAUAAUAUUUCGAAUUUAAAGCUAGGCUUGGACAACCGGAUGGAAUCACUGUUACAAAUAGCAUCGUCUUUGGAGACAAGUAAAUCAACGUGGAAGAGCCCUACAGAGCCGCUGGGAGUCUCAGGAUCUGUUUGUGUACUUAAGGACGCACCUCAACAAUGCGGAGCCUUUUGCAUGUCCGCACUCAGGCCCCUGUUUGACGACCUGAGAAACAUUAAGCUAAAGAUGGAGAAUCAAAGAACAACCUUGGAGUCUAUCGUAGGACAACAGAGAAAAUUGCAAGAUCAGCUGACAACAGUAAGGAACGCGAUGGGAGGACAACUGGCAAACAGUUACGCCCGGCCCUAUUAUCCAGGGUACGCCAACUCGGGCCCCCGCGAUCCCUUGGAGUCUAUCGUAGGACAACAGAGUAAAUUGCAAGAUCAGCCGACAACAGAAAGGAACGCGAUGGCAAUUGGCAUACAGUUACCCCCGGCCCAAUUAUCCAAGGUAGCCAACUCGGGCCCCCGCGCUCCCUUGGAGUCUAUCGUAGGACAACGGAGUAAAUUGCAAGAUCAGCCAACAACUGUGUCCUGCGAUCAGGAGAGUCAUGAAGGAGGGUGGACGGCGAUUCUGCGGCGAAACGAUGGAAGCCAGGACUUUUUCCGCGAGUGGAAGGACUACAAACAAGGAUUUGGCGAUCUAGACAAUUAG